AUGCAUGGAGCGCGCGGGUUUGCGCUGCGCUGCCUGGCUGCAAGACCCUUUCGGGCCAUUGGCACCUGCGCGAGUAACGCACAUUUCGGGGGCGAUGGCGAGCUCGAGCGCCAGCGUGUCGGGUGGACGCAAGGAUGUUCAUGGCCUCGUCAUCCACAGGGGAUAAGCGCAUUAGCUAGCGCCGAUCUUUUUCUUGUCCUCGGAACAGUAUCUUCGGUUUUAAGUCGGCGUUACGACGCCGUUUCGCCUCAAGUGGUGAAGCUUCCGCGAGGUUUCGACACGUUCCUUUUGUCACUGCGACUACCAACAAACACUGCAGCAGAAGCAAGUAGUGCGAGCUGA